GUUUAUAGUACUACGUGUCGACGCUCUGAUCAGAUCGACAAGACGCCUUUCUUCUUUGGGGUUUCAUCCUGUCCGCAUAGCUUAUUUGAUAAAGCAAAGCUAGCCAGCUAACAUUGUGGAUUAAUCUCUUCUGCUGAGAUGAGUAGCCUGGAAUCUGUGGAUCGAGUCGAAUUGUGCGAGAGUCUUUUGACAUGGAUCCAGACAUUUGGGGUGGAGGCGCCGUGUAAAACUGUGGAGGAUCUGACGAGUGGAGUGGUCAUGGCCCAGGUCCUACAGAAAAUAGAUAUUGUGUAUUUCAAUGACAGUUGGAUAAGUAGGAUUAAGUCUGAAGUAGGGGAUAAUUGGAGGCUAAAGAUAAGCAAUCUAAAGAAAAUCUUGAAAGGGAUUUUGGAUUAUAAUCAUGAGGUCCUUGGGCAGCAGAUAAAUGACUUCACACUGCCAGAUGUCAGUCUCAUUGGUGAACACUCGGAUGCAGCUGAACUGGGCAGAAUGUUACAGCUCAUUCUGGGCUGUGCUGUCAACUGUGAACAAAAACAAGAGUACAUCCAGACCAUAAUGAUGAUGGAGGAGUCAGUACAGCAUGUUGUCAUGACAGCGAUUCAGGAGCUCAUGAGCAAAGAGACACCAGUUUCACCUGGAAACGACUCCUACGUUGACCUCGACAGACAGCUGAAGAAAACUGUGGAGGAGCUGAAUGAAGCUCUGGCCACUAAAGAGGAGAUCGCUCAACGCUGCCAUGAACUGGACAUGCAGGUGGCAGCCCUUCAGGAGGAGAAGAGCAGUUUGUUGGCAGAGAACCAGGUUCUGAUGGAGAGACUGAACCAGUCAGACUCUAUAGAGGAUCUGAACAGUCCCGCUGGACGCAGACACCUGCAGCUCCAGACCCAGUUAGAACAGCUCCAGGAGGAGACCUUCAGGCUGGAAGCGGCUAAGGAUGACUACCGUAUCCGGUGUGAGGAGCUGGAGAAGGAGCUCCUGGAGGUGCGGAGUCAGAAUGAGGAGCUGACAUCUCUGGCUGAUGAGGCCCAGUCACUGAAGGAUGAGAUCGAUGUCCUGAGGCACUCGUCUGACAAGGUGUCUAAGCUGGAGGGGAUGGUGGAGUCAUAUAAGAAGAAGCUGGAGGAUCUGGGUGACCUGAGGAGACAGGUGAAACUGUUGGAGGAGAAGAACACAGUGUACAUGCAAAACACAGUCAGUUUGGAAGAGGAGCUGAAGAAAGCCAACGCUGCACGCAGCCAGUUAGAGACCUACAAACGACAGGUUGUGGAGCUGCAGAACAGGCUGUCUGAGGAGACGAAAAAAGCAGAUAAGAUGGAGUUUGAGUACAAGCGUCUGAAGGAGAAAGUGGACUCUCUUCAGAAAGAAAAAGAUCGCCUGAGGACUGAGCGAGAUUCUCUGAAGGAGACAAUUGACGAGUUACACUGUGUGCAGGCUCAGGAGGGCCAUACUGCAGGUCUGGUCUCCCUGGGCAGCAGUGAAGGUUCUGAUUCGCUGGCUGCGGAGAUUGUCACACCUGAUAUCAGGGAGCGUUUGAUCCGUCUGCAACAUGAGAAUAAGAUACUGAAACUGAAUCAGGAAGGAUCAGACAAUGAAAAGAUCGCUCUGCUCCAGAGCCUGCUGGAAGACGCCAACAGCAGGAAAAACGAACUGGAGACAGAGAACAGGUUGUUAAAUCAGAGACUGCUGGAGGGACAGAGUCAGGUGGAGGAACUUCAGAAGACCGUACAGGAACAGGGCUCAAAAGCCGACGAUUCUGUAAUGUUGAAAAAGAAAUACGAUGAACACUUAGAAAAGAUUCGGGAACUGACCAAUGAACUGCAGAAGAAGAAUCUUUACAUAGAGGAGCUGGAGCCCAAAAGCAACGCCAGCACUCAGCGGGUGGAGGAACUGGAGGAGGCCUUGAAAAAGAAAGAUGACGACAUGAAACAAAUGGAAGAGAGAUAUAAGAAAUAUCUGGAGAAGGCCAAGAGUGUGAUCCGGACACUGGACCCCAAACAGAACCAGGGCUCCGCUCCAGAGGUCCAGGUUCUGAAGAACCAGCUCCAGGAGAGAGAGAGGAUGCUGCACUCUCUGGAGAAAGAGUACGAUAAGACCAAGAGUCAGAGAGAUCAGGAAGAAAAGCUUAUUGUGUCAGCCUGGUACAACAUGGGCAUGGCUCUCCAGAAGAGGGCGGCAGAGGACCGCUUGGCCAGUACCGGCUCGGGUCAGUCCUUCCUGGCCCGGCAGAGACAGGCCACCAGCACACGCCGACAGUACCCAGGUCACGUCCAGCCCGCCACAGCCAGGUAGACCCUGCGGUCACGCCCACAACCCCCCCUCCCCCACCACCCAGCCCCCCCAAACACACCCACGGCUCCCCAUAUACCAGGGCUCCUUAAGACACCGCUCACCAUAGCCAAUGAGGACAUCAGACUGCCACCCCUGCCCCAAAAAGCCCCUCUAUCCCCUCUCUCCCUCAGUACUGCAUUUAUACCAGUCAAAGACAUGAAACAGGGUAUCUGAGGAUGUCUUUCCGCCUCACACACGGCUUUCCUCGUCUCCUUUUGUCUUCUUUCUUUCUUUUUUUUAUCCAUAUUUUUCCCACUAUUAUUUGCAGUUAAAUUUGACAAGAGGGGGUUUUAAGAGGAGAUGCCGUUGAGAUCAAGUUUCCUUUCUCCCUGAUGAAGAGGCGUGAGUCGUUUAUAAUGAGACCCACACUUUUUGGGGUGGCUCAG